UAGUUUUUCACACCACUGUAUAUAUUUAAGUUAGAUUGAGCUGUGUGAGGAUUUUUUUACAUUUCAGAUUUUAAUGAUUUUAGAAAUAAAUCUGAAAUGUUGCCUUUUUACUUGGUUAGCAUUUAUAAGUGCAAAUUUUGCAUAAUUUAUUUUUUAUUGCCAUCUGUUCAUGUGGUAAACUGUACUGUGAGCAGUUUGUCAAUAAACAAAUAAUGAUCUGGUAUCAAAGUUCAAGCGUGCUCUUAUGCCACUAUCUUUUUAUAGCAGUUUGUGUUCUGUUUAGUGAAAAGUUAACCGUCCAGUUAACUGUUGUCCUUCGUAUUUUUUUCUGCACGUGAAACACAAGCUGUUGUUUUUAUAGUCAGGUCCUACUCUACUAAUGGCAGGACGUCUUGCGCUGCGCUCAGCUGAAACGAUGGCUGUUCGUGUGUUCCUUAGGUCCACCACGGUCAAUCUGGACUUAAGGAGAAGUGUAGGUGAAAGUGCUACAGCUUCUGUCCCUCCUGGCAGCAUCAAGACUGAGGCUGACCUCCCUGAGGUCACUCUUCCCACAAUCCUGUACAGGUGGAUCUUUAAAGGCUACUACAAACGCACACAUGAGUUGCAGAUGUAUGAAAAGCAGCUUUAUGGCCCCAUGUAUAAAUUAAGAGCCGGCAAAAGCCACAAAAUUGUGCUGAAUAAUGCAGAGCUGCUGGAGGAGCUGAUGAGGAAAGAUGAUAAAUUCCCUAGCAGAGGAGACAUGACUAUCUGGACUGAAUACCGAGAUAUGAACGAUUUGGGUUACGGUCCUGCAACUGAAGAAGGAGAGAAAUGGUACAAACUCAGAUCUGUGCUGAACAAACGUAUGCUGCAUCCAAAGGACUCUGUAAAGUAUGAGAAUGUGGUUAAUGAAGUGGUCACAGAUUUUAUCAAACGGAUAUGCCAUUUACGCAAGAUGAGCUCCAGUGGAGACCUGGUACCCAACAUGUCCAAUGAGCUGUACCGCUUCUCUCUAGAAGGAAUCUCCCGCAUACUCUUUGAGACACGUAUUGGCUGUCUUGAGAAUGAGAUUCCAGCAGAGACUCAAAACUUCAUUGACUCCAUUGGCCAGAUGUUAACUUAUACUAUGGCUGUGACUAUUUUACCUCAGUGGACUCGCAAUUAUUUGCCUUUCUGGCGACGUUACAUAAGUGGAUGGGAGGGGAUCUUUAGAUUUGCCUGCAAGCUGAUUGACAGGAAGAUGGAGGACAUUCAGAAGCACCUAGAUGCAGGAAGUCAGGAAGUUGCAGGACAGUAUCUCAGCUACCUGCUUUCCAGCACCAACAUGAGUAAAAAGGAUGUGUAUGGAAGUGUAACUGAACUGCUCCUGGCAGGAGUGGAUACAACAUCCAAUACUAUGAUGUGGGUUUUGUACCUGCUGUCACAAAAUCCAAAGACACAGAACACACUGUAUCAGGAGGUGAAUAACAUCAUCAAAGGGGACAAAAUUCCAACAGCUGAGGACAUAAACAACAUGCCAUACCUUAAGGCUGUCAUCAAGGAGACUCUAAGAAUGUACCCAGUUGUUCCUGCGAAUGGACGCAUUUUAUCAGAAAAUGACAUGGUUAUUGGAGGACACUUCUUUCCUAAGAAGACCACGUUUAUAAUGCAGCAUUAUGCAAUCUCUCACGAUGGGAACAUAUUCCCUGAACCAAGACUCUUCAAGCCUGAACGCUGGUUACGAGAUGGGAGGGAGCGACCUACCCCAUUCGGAUCCAUUCCUUUUGGGUUUGGAGUGAGAGGGUGUGUUGGUAAACGCAUUGCUGAACUGGAGAUGCACUUAGCUUUGGCAAGGAUAGUAAAGCUGUUUGAAGUCAAGCUGGAUCCUAAUGUGGGAGAGAUUAAAGCUCUCAGCCGUACUGUGCUUGUGGCAGACAGAACUGUCAACUUUCAUCUUUUGGAGCGAAAACACGUAGCCACUGAAAGAUGCUCUUAGUUUUAAGCUCCACCAAAUAAAGUCUCUGAAGACGUUCAUACAGCCUUAAAAAAAAAAAAACCAAACAAUUACAAUGUAGUGCUUUGAUUAUUCUAUAACGUUAAACUGUGCCAGUGCCGUUAAAUGUUGAUUCUUGACUGAAAGUGACUAAAAGCACAGAAACUUUUACGUCACCUGUAGGAAACUUUAUCUCAGUCAUGUAUCUGUAAGUGCACUUUGUAACCUCAUGGGUGUGUAUUGCUGCAAAAAUGUAUAGCAUAUGCUUUAUAAAUUUCUGUUAGUAUGCGCAGACAAUUCAAGAAAACAAAGUUUUCUUAGCAGUUUUACUACAUUACGGUGUGUAAUAAACAUUCUGUUUAAAAAAAAAGUACAUAGCAUCAAUGACAUUGUGCUUAACAUUUAGACAUGUGUGUGAACAGUGUUGAAGGGCUCAGAGAAGUUACAGUGUGUUUUGUAUGAACCUAAAGCAGGCUUAUGGUGCGGCAACAGAUUGCGAGUGAUUGUCAUAUUUUCGGGACUACUUUUCCCAUUCAUAUACAAACGUACAGCGUGCAGAUGGGUCUUGUCUAAAAAUAAAAAUAAUAAAAAUGAAAUUAAAAAGUAGAUAUUUUACAUUUAUUUUUUCUUUGUAACCAACAUAGUUAU